CUUUUGACCCUCCUCGUCACCCUUCCCUCUUCGAUCUACACCCUCGAGCGAUUUCUCCCAAAAGUCGCAAAACAAAGGCCAUUGGAUCCGUGAAGGCGAAGCAGCCGCAACUGAAAUUCACGCGGGGACAGUACUGCUCGAAGAGGCCGAGGAGUGAAGGAAGAACCUGAUGGAUCAGUACCAAUCGCAGGAGGUUAGUGAGAAUUAUUCAAAUCCAAAGACAUGCCUCUUCCAUGUGCUCUUCAAGGCAGGGGCGUUGGCAUUCUACAUACUGUCCGCGCUGUUUGUGCACAACUUUGUCAUUAUCUUUGUUGUAACUGUGUUCCUAGCAGCACUCGACUUCUGGGUGGUUAAGAAUGUCAGUGGAAGAAUAUUGGUCGGACUGCGGUGGUGGAAUGAGAUUAAUGACGAGGGCAAUAGCGUUUGGAAGUUUGAAUGCCUUGAUGAACAGUCCCUUGCUAGGAUGAACAAGAAAGACUCGUGGCUGUUCUGGUGGACUCUUUACUUGGCGGCUGCUGCGUGGAUUGUUCUUGGGAUAUUCUCGCUCAUCAGGCUUCAAGCUGAUUACCUUCUUGUCAUUGGAGUGUGCUUGAGUCUCAGUGUUGCAAAUAUUAUCGGGUUUACUAAAUGCAAAAAAGAUGCCAAGAAAAACUUUCAGGAUAUUGCUCAAAGUGCACUCCUGUCGUCCAGCAUGAGGUCAACGCUGCAAUCAGCAUUUGGUGUCUGACCAGAGGACCAGAUGUUACAUAUGAUGUGUACAAAUUUAUGGAUAAUAUGAUGUAUUUUGCUUUUGAUUUAGUUUCCCUUGCCUAGUUGAGUAGUUUCUUACCAACCUUAUACAUCUUCCUGGCCUGCGAAGUCCUUGAUAUUGUUUGUUCAGCCGUCACCAAAAGAGGUUGGUAAUGAGUUCUGGCAGACACUUGAGGACCAUGUAAAUCACAGUACUCGGUAUUGACUAGCUAUUGAUGGUCUUUUGAGGAUUUUAACAUUCCUAGUGAUAGCAUUUUGUUGCCGUUUCUUUUAAGGAAAUAACACUAUGUUACUACUGAACCAGAGAACAUUUUACUGGGAGUA